AUGCGUGGAGCUCAGACUUCGGGAGGGACUACGUCAACAUCGCUUGCUCACACACGAUCGCAACGACGCUCGCACCUCAUUCAAAGCACAAACAUUUCUUUGACUUUGACCUCAAGUUCCUUUGCCGUCGUAUCUACAUUCACCCUGCCCAAGCCGCCACCUGCCACCCAACCUCUACUCAACUAUGCCUUUCCUCGGAGGCCUGCGCCAGAAGUGGCGCAAGAUGCGACCCCUCGCAAGCGCCGAGUCGAGCGACUCGAUUUGCCAGUCUCGAACGAGCGUGCAAGAUUUUCACUCACACCUGAGUAUACGUACAGAGUAAUCUCUGUUCUCCGUAGGAUCGCUACAAUGCAAGCUGCCGAGUAUGCGUCGAAACACUCCACGGCCACCUUGCACCUCCUCCUGUACCUUAUUGACCAGGCAUGCUUGCCUCGGGCCCUGGUUGCGUUGGAGUCACAGCUCGUUCGAUUGUGCAAGAUCUGCACUUGUCGAUCUUGCACACUCGUUCGAGCUGUGACACCAACGUGA